ACACGUCAAAACAAAUAAUAAUCUUUAGUAUAAAUACAGAGAUGAGACUGUGUUUUUAUCAGUACGCAUUGUGUGGUCAAGAUGUUAAGGUUGUUAAUCGUUCUAGUUUCUUGUUCCACUGCGAUGAGUCGUCAGGUAGAUAAAUACGAUGCUGAGUCGGCUAACUGUAGACCAGAUGAAGAAUACGAGUGGAUAUACCCGUGCCCCGGUGAAGAGACAUGUAUAACUCGUGACGACAGGUUAUUAUGUUUAGAAGAUAUUCAGUAUAAAGUGCCACACUGUAUCUGCAAAGAAGGCCUUUACAGAGCUGAAAACGGUAGCUGUUAUAAUAGUGAACAAUGUGACAAAUGGAAAUGUCCAGGCGAUCACGAGCACUUCGAAUGUGCCAGUGAAUGUGACAACGUGUGCGCCACACUGGACAGACAGAACAAGACCAACUGCCCAAUUAGGAGAUAUGUACAUUUUGACAUUUGUUCAAUAAGAUGUUACUGUGACGACGGAUACGCGAGAGAUGAUAAAGGCAACUGUAUUCCUAUUGAAGACUGCGGUAAUCACACUACUACUGAAGAAAGUAAUUUAUAAAGAUCGUGUCAAAACAGGCCAAACGAAAGAGAUCAAUUAUUGCUGUGGAGACCGACAGCCAACAACGGUCGAAAUGAUGUCAAAGUUUUUCACCGUUUUUAUUUUAUAGAAUAAACUCUCAAUUCAUAAAUCUGC